AAAUGUUUCACCUUCUCAAACGAUAUUAUUUCCAAGGUCCUUCCAAGAUGGCAUACCUUCAAAUAUUACUGAAACCCAGGAGUAGGGCUGCCUGCUCUUUUGUUCCUUUGCAGUGCGUUCUUACUGGCCUGCCAAAAUCACAGCUGUUCAGGCAUACAUCUCCUGGCUUAACUAAGGCCCAGGGCUUCCAUUCCUCUUGCUGCAACUGGAAGAAAAAGAAACCUCCAGAACCUGAACCCCGAGAGCUGGACUUGUUGCGAUAUGACAUGAAAUCACUCAAGGACGCUCCAAAGCCUGCCCUGUACUUGAGUUUUGCAGGAUUAAUUCCAUUUGUUUCAGUACCAUUGCUAAUGGCUAUCCAGGAGACCUCUUACCCAGAGUUGGUAUUUGCCCAGACAGCAUAUGGUGCCUCUAUUUUGUCCUUCUUAGGUGGGAUCAGGUGGGGAUUUGCUCUUCCAGAAGGCAGCCCUGCCAAACCUGAUUGGAUUAAUUUAGCGAAUAGUAUUGUUCCUUCACUACUAGCCUGGAUAGCUUUGCUUUGCAAAGAUUACAUAUUUCAUGCCGGAAUCAUGGUUAUCAUGGGACUAGGGAUAGCCCUGCAUUAUGAUCUUGCCCUCCUUCCCACUUAUCCCAGUUGGUUUAAAGCCUUGAGGGCACUUGUAACAAUAGUGGCUGUAUGUUCUCUGGUUGCUACGUUAUUUAUUGUAAACAUUUGCCCAGAGAAGCAUUUAGGUCAUGCCACAAAUAAAGUGGAAGACUGAAAAUAAACUAACAGAAAAUGCC